CUGUGUACUGCAUACUCUAUGGUUUGGCUAUAUGGCUACAUAUUGCUCAAGUAGAAAUAUUCUAUUUUGCAAAGUCCUAAAAGAAUUUUAGCAUGAAAUACAAGCCUAAAACUUAAUGAAUGAUGGCAUAUUUCGUUUCUAACUGUAUUUCACCUUUCCGUUGUGCGAAGGUGAGCAAAAUAUACCACUGAAAAUCAUCCACGUCAGUCCGCGUGGCUCAAAAUUAACUGGUUCUUGAACGAAACGAUUUAGCCAAGGAACAAAAUUUCUGUAAGAUAUUGCACAAUCGUAAGAACUGCUCGAAAAGUUGAUGUUAAUGAGUGGCAUUUAAAUUGUGUUUUGAAGUUUCAAGCAGGAAUUGAACUGCCUCCACGUUUCUACAAACAUUUCUUCGCAACUUUAAUGGCGGUCACGUUGGCGCUGAUAUUUACCACUUACGUUCAUUGAAAAUAUGGUGAAAUAAUCACUAUUUUACAAAUAUGUCGAAUUAUUGUGGUAUCUACAAUGUGCUGCCAUUUUUCCUUAUUACUGUAUAUGGACAUGAUAUGAAAAGUUUCGAUGAUACCGUUUUGUUUAAAAUUAACUGGCCGGGGAAAUCGAAUACCGAUUUAUUGGAGACUCGACCUAAUGUAGAGCCUUACUUUAUAACAACUGCAAACAACGAACGGUAUCAGUGUUUGAUUCCUGACUUGGCCAGUCAGGAAGAGGAUCCUAAUGAGCCUUAUUAUGGAGUAAACCCUAUAGAAAUUUUAUCAUUAUUGUUUAGGCAUGGUAUUUGUACUUCUAAGGUGGAGAUAUAUUGGAAAUACGAAGUAUGUCAUGGAAAGUUUGUACGACAAUAUCACGAAGACAGAGAGGGAAAGAAAGCAAAGAUACAAGAAUAUUACUUAGGUACCUUUAACAAUGUACAAGAACUGAAACUAUUUGCAGAAUAUCAAGAAAAGUACCUAAGGCCUAAUGGGAAAGCAGACAUACCAGUCACCAAAGUUGAUGGAAUCAAUAUGCCUUAUGUGGAGAUUGAGAUGAGCGAUGGCACAAUUUGUGAUAUAAAUGGUAAACCACGGAAGGUCAAAGUUCGAUAUGUUUGUUAUCUGCAUGGUGGACACGAUUUGUACUCUAUCAAGGAGCUUAUAAGUUGUGAAUACGAGGUCAUUGUACUGUCUCCUGUGCUGUGCCAUCAUCCUCAUUAUAAACCACAAGGUACAGAAGGAAAUGAAAUCAGUUGCUUGCCGGUUGACAAUGCACCAAAGAAACCAAGAGCACUUAUUUCGAUGGAAAUGGAAAGCUUGAAGCUGCAGCAUCAAAAAGUGACGGAUGACAAGCCGCAGAAAGUCUAUGCAAUCCUCCAUGCAGAUAAGGAGGGCCAGGAUGUCAGAGUUGAGAUACAUCAGGUGGACAUGAUCGACAAGCAUAACGCUGAGGACUCUAUUAAUUCCAUAACGGAUCAAGGCAUCAGUCCGGCGGAAGCAAGUCCCGUGAAAAAUUUUCUUAGUGGUAAAAAUUGUUUACACGGGGGCAAUGGAUGGUGGAAGUACGAGUUCUGCUACGGGCGUUCCGUGGUACAAUACCAUAUAGAACGAGACGGUAGUAAAACGAUAGUGAACCUCGGCAAAUUCGACAAGCAGAAGCACCUGAACUGGAUCGCCGCGCACCCACACAAGAAGCCAAAACCACCAGAGCUGCGCAAACAGCUCACACAUUUUUAUAGCGAUGGGAAUAUUUGCGAUAAGACUGGCAAUCCCAGGCAGACUGAAGUGAAACUAAAAUGCGUCGAGGGUCACGCGGCCAGUCCAUCCAGCGUUUCCCUGUUUCUGCUUGAGCCAAAGACCUGCGAAUAUGUGUUGGGAGUCGAAUCGCCACUGAUUUGCGAUAUUUUAGAGUACGCUGAUAGCAAUGGGCUUCUAAGUGAGAAGUUCGAAGUAAAUUUCGACAAGAUGAAGACCACAGUCUACCAUGAGUACGACGACUUGGAUGAGAGGAUAGCGAAUGGGGACGAAUAGAAUAAUGCGUUAACAAUAUCAAAUUUUCGCAUCUAAUGUGACAGUACUCGGUUCUGCUGGCCACUUGUAUUUAGUUCAUUGUUUGUUGAUUUUAAUGAAUGCUAUCCAGCAAUUGUGCAACCAUACAAAUUCUUCGGUUCGGACGUUGUUUGUACAUUAUUAAGAACUGUGAUGGUUGCAAAGAUACGAAAAGGCUUUAGGAGACACAAUAAAAACCUUUUUUACGCCAA